AUGGCUUCUACUUCUUCUUCAGCCGACGAUAAUCAUCAUACCCGGUCAACUAGUUUGCCAACAAGAUCACAUCCUAUAGUUCUUCAGGCUCAAGAAGAGAUCCAAAAAUUCAAACAAUGGGAGGCAUCCGUGUCGUCUGUUCCUACUGCAGCUACAAUCUGCAGUGCGUUAACGAGGCUGCAAGUACUUUAUGAAUGUGUAGACAGUGUUCUCAGUUUGCCACUGACCCAAAAAGCCCUUACUCAAAGCCAAUAUACAGAGUUGGUCAAUGAGUUGUUGGAUAAAUCCAUAAGUCUUAUGGAUAUAUGUGGGUCCACGAGAGAUUUGGUCUCACAAGUCAAAGAAAAUGCCAGAAAUGUUCAGUCGGCCUUGAGAAGGAGAAAAGGAGAGGUAAGCUUAACCACUUCAUUCAUCAAGAACCUGAAGAAAGAUGCCAAAAAAGCGAUUGCAUCUUUGAAGCAAAUAGAUGAAAAGAUUGGGGACAUGAAACCGUUAGAUCUAGAUCAACACCUUUUAUCAGCUAUUAAAGUUGUAAGAGAUGUUGGAGUCGUGAGAUCGUCUGUAUACAGAUCGCUGUUAUUGUUCUUGUCCGGAUCAGUUGAAAAGCCGAAACCAACAAGGUGGUCACUUGUCCAAAAACUGAUUCAGAAAGCAACAAUGGAAAGAAACGGGAAUCUUGAAAUAUCAAAUGACGACAUGGUGUGCCUUUUUCAAGAAAUGGAAAAUGGUUUGGACUGCAUGUUUAGGAGUUUGAUCAAAACAAGAGCCUCUCUACUGAAUGUUCUAUCUCGUUAA